AUGGUCACGGCUCUGCGCAAGCUGCACGCGGGCAAGGUGCGCGAAGACGGCCGCGUGGAGAUCCCACACCUCGACGGCCACGCCAGCCCGGGCACCGACGGCCAGGAGCGCGUCUCGGAAAUCAUCAGCUUUGCGGAGACAGACGGCUUGGCCUCCUCUCGGGUCCGCCUGUACUUCUUCAUCUCUAAUGAAGGCAACCAGAACCUGUUUGUGGUACAGGCCAGCCUGUGGCUUUACCUGAAACUCCUGCCCUAUGUGCUGGAGAAGGGCAGCCGGCGGAAGGUUCGAGUCAAAAUAUACUUUCAGGAGCAGGGCCACGGCGACAGGUGGAAUGUGGUGGAGAAGAAGGUGGACCUCAAGCGCAGUGGCUGGCACACCUUCCCACUCACAGAGGCCAUUCAGGCCCUGUUUGAGCGAGGCGAGCGGAGGCUCAACCUGGACGUGCAGUGUGACAGCUGCCAGGAACUAGCUGUGGUGCCAGUGUUUGUGGACCCAGGCGAGGAGUCACACCGGCCCUUUGUGGUGGUGCAGGCCCGGCUGGGGGACAGCAGGCACCGCAUUCGUAAGCGGGGUCUGGAGUGCGAUGGCCGGACCAACCUCUGUUGCAGGCAACAGUUCUUCAUCGACUUCCGGCUCAUUGGCUGGAACGACUGGAUCAUUGCACCCACUGGCUACUAUGGGAACUACUGUGAGGGCAGCUGCCCGGCCUACCUUGCAGGGGUCCCAGGCUCUGCCUCCUCCUUCCACACGGCGGUGGUGAACCAGUACCGCAUGCGGGGCCUGAACCCUGGCCCUGUGAACUCCUGCUGCAUCCCCACCAAGCUGAGCUCCAUGUCCAUGCUCUACUUCGACGAUGAGUACAACAUCGUCAAGCGAGAUGUGCCCAACAUGAUUGUGGAGGAGUGUGGCUGUGCCUGACAGUGGCGGGCAGAGACGUGGAAGCGGUGGUGCUCAGGGGACAGAGCCCCUGUGGGGGCAGGAGGUGCACAGUGGGCUGAGCACACUCAUUCCAUCGGGCUGCAGGGUGUCAGGGUGGGGCCCGAAUGCAUUUUGUGCUACUUUGUAGAGCAGCCAGUCAAAACCAGAGGGUGAGCCCUCAACCAACAUGAGACUUUCAAA